CAGAAUCGCAUCGCAUCCAGUAAAAAAAGGUCGUUCUCUACUAGUAUAGGAUCACCUAGUUCUAGACCCUGGCUGGCUAGAGGUAGAUUUGCAGGAGCGGGCCUGCUGGAAGGAAGAUCUGGGGCCGAUUCAAUUUCUGCUGCUGUCUACAGUCUGCUACUGUGUGUGAGUGGUACGAGGUCAAGAGUGCUGCUGUUAUACGAGGCCAAGGAGUCCAGACCUUCUACAACAUUCGCAACAAGGAACGGGGAAGGCUCUUCGUUGCGACUGGGCUUGAAAGUUUCCACAUCAUCUGUGUGUGGUCUUGCGCACCUGCAGAGAAGUGGGAGAGGAAGAGAGACAGCCUUGCCCUCGCCUCAUCGCGAGCAGAAGAGGCAUACCUGGGGAAAGGAAAAGGAAGCGGCAGAGCCGGAGCUAGAGAGCCAGGCGGGCAGCACAGCAGGAAGCUGGAAGGAAGACGGACAGAAGGACGAAGGAAGACAGGAAGGAAGAAGAAGAAGAAAAGGAAAAGAAAGAGGGAGAAGCAGUGAGGAAGAAAGAGAAGAAGAACAAGAAGAACAAGAAGAAGAAGAGGAAAAGGUAGAAGAAGCUGCAGAACAAGGACAAGAACAAGAUGCACCCAACGCUGGCGCAAACGUACGCCGAGCGGUCGGAGCAGCCCAGCGGCAGCAGCGGCAACAGCAAUAAUACGCCGCUCGCCACGUACUUAUUCCGCCUCAUGCACAUCAAGCGGACCAACCUGUGCGUGUCUGCCGAUGUCACCACCACCAACGAGCUGCUGCGCGUGGCAGAAGAGGUGGGCGACCACAUUUGCAUCCUCAAGACCCACGCCGACAUUGUCAGCGACUUUGGCGAGAAGACCAUCCGCGGCCUGAACGAAAUCGCACGGCGGAAGAAGUUUCUCGUCUUUGAGGACAGGAAGUUCUUCGACAUUGGGAACACGGUGCAGCUGCAGUACUCGGGCGGACCACUGUGCAUUGUCCGCUGGGCCCCCAUCGUGAACGCCAGCAUACACUCGGGCCCUGCCAUCAUCCCAGCGCUGGCGGAAGCUGCACAGAAAGCCAUCAAUUCGCACAACACUUCUGUCUCCACUGACAUUAGAGCUUCACCCCGAGUGCCUCCCGAGGACGACUUUGACAGCGCCGACGAUUCCGAUGAUGGUCAUGAUGUGAACGGCGUGCACUCGGCCGACGAGUAUGAAGAAGAGGACUCGUAUGACAGAAUGCGCAAGCAGUCUGUGGUUUCUGUUAGCACUACCAUUAGCAUGAAGUCCGAAGCUAUCAGCCCGCAACCGCACAUUCGCCCUUCUAUCUCACGUGUCUCAUCGACCGAGUCCAGUGACGAAGGAGACGAUCCAGAAGCUCUGAACCAGCUGGGCCCGCCGCCGUUCUUCCGCUCACUGCUGCUGUUGGCGCAAAUGAGCAGUGCGAACAAUUACUUCACCCCCGAGUAUACGGCAGAUUGUUUGAAACACGCACGAGAGAACAAGGACUUUGUCAUGGGCUUCAUUGCUCAGCAGUCGCUCAAUCAAGCACCCGAGGACAACUUCAUCACCAUGACUCCCGGAGUGCAACUUCAAGCGGGAGGUGAUGGGAAGGGACAGCAAUACAACACUCCGGACAAGGUGAUUGGCCAAGGAGGGGCGGACGUGAUCAUCGUCGGACGUGGUAUCAUUGCUGCACCUCCGGGAGAGCGAAUGAAACUUGCAGUCGAGUACAGACGGCAAGGGUGGGAGGCGUACAAGCAGCGAGUAAAGUCUCUCCGUGCGCAGAGACGUUGAUCGUGUCUUACCCUUUCGCUUGCUUUCAAGGAGGACCCGGAUAUUACGGCAGAGCCCGUUUCAACGAUUUCUUUUACGUGAAAAACGGAAUUUUGUCUGUGUGUGUAUGUUGCAUGGAUGGAAGGAGGGAGAUAUGGAGGAUGGGAAGGGAGGAAUCAUCUGGACGAUCUAGCAAGGCGUUUGCUGUUUGUUCGAACGAGAGAAAGAAGGAAGUAGCACAAAUUUGGCUAUAGGACAAGCAUAGUGUGUGGGUGGGUGGGUUUCGGAGCGAGUUUAUUAUCAC